UCUGAAAUAUGCCCCCGGAAUUGUGUAUUUUCGUGCAGUCAAACAUAUUAGAGAUGCGCAGCAUGCCUGAAGCUUUACCAUUUUUUGUUACUCCAAAGGCAGUUGAUGAAAAUUCACCACUUCUACAGCAACUGCCUCACUGGGCUGCUUGUUCAAUUACUCAGGCUCUGGAGUUUCUUACUCCUCCAUAUAAAGGUCACCCACGUGUCAUGGCAUAUCUUCUUAGGGUUCUGGAAUCCUAUCCUCCUGAUCGCGUGACCUUUUUCAUGCCGCAGCUUGUGCAAGCUCUACGAUAUGAUGAAGGGAAAUUAGUAGAAGGAUAUUUGCUUAGAGCCACUCAAAGAAGUGAUAUAUUUGCCCACAUUUUGAUAUGGCAUCUGCAGGGAGAGACAAGUGGUCCAGAAUUAGGGAAUGAUGCAAGCUCUGAAAAGAAUAGUUCGUUUCAAGAGCUAUUGCCCAUUGUUAGGCAAAGAAUUAUUGAUAGUUUCACCUCAAAGGCCUGUGAUAUGUUUCAAAGGGAAUUUGAUUUUUUUGACAAGGUCACAUCAAUUUCGGGUGUACUGUUUCCACUUCCAAAGGAAGAGCGUCGAGCUGGCAUCCGGAGGUACUAUUUUACUUCUGUUGACUUUGUCAGCUAUACUUUCAUAGUUACCUGAGUUGGAUCCAACAUU